UACAAGAACAGAGAUCCUUAAAUUAUACAAGAAUCUUAUGUUGUAUUCUAAGUCCCUGACAUUCACUGAUCCGGCGUACUUUAGACGGAGAGUGGCCACGGAAUUUCGUAAUAAUAAAUCUCUAACUAACGCUAAAGAUAUUUCGUUUGCAUACCAGAAAGGAGAAGCUCUGUUGCGUCGUGGUUCAGUUGUGUAAAAUGCUGCUUAAUCCACUGUGCCGUCUGCAUGUGGGUAUUGCGUCCCGGGUGUGUGCGGCAUUCAAACACACAAUAGAUUAUUCUAAGGUCCCUAAAAUCAAUGAAAGUGAUUUGUCAGAACAGUUUGUUAGAGGAAGUGGACCUGGUGGUUCUGCUGUCAACAAAAAUGCAAAUUGUGUUGUUCUUACACAUAUUCCAACAGGUCAUGUGAUAAAAUGCCACACAAGUAGAUGUCAAGAUGAAAAUAGGAAAAGAGCCCGUGAGAUGCUGGUUGCUAAGUUAGAUGAAGAGCUAAAUGGAGAAGACAGUGUCACAGCACAAAAGAGAAGAUUAGAAAGUAAUAAGUUUAAAAAAACAGAAUAUAAGAAGAAGAAAAUGGCACAGUUAAAAAGUGAGUGGAAGAAAAGGGAAGGCCUAGCCUAGAGUGCUUUAAACUGGAUUGUAGUGUAC